AUGGUCCCCGUCCUCCGUACUCAUAGCUUUUCAUCUCUUUCACAACUUCUAGAGGCUCUCGGUUCCACACCCGAUCUCCAAUCCGCCGGCCAUACUCCUACCAUGGAAUCGACUCAUACACUUAUACCAUCUACCCGUUUCCCUAAAGACAAGGAACUCCCCCUCCCUCCUUCCACCCUGCCCCUCUCCCUACCAAUGAAAUCAAGACCACGAACUGACAACCAUCUGACUACAGCGUCAUCUUCCCUCCCUACACCUGCACCAGCCCUCACGAAACGCCGACAUGCUUUGCUCGAGCUUCUUACCUCUGAACGUGCCUAUGCAAGCGAUUUGGCACUCCUCAGGGAUGUGUAUAUGAGGUUGGCGUCUGGUGACUCAAGUUCCGAAUCCACCAAAUCUAGCUCCGGCACAUGCUCAUCCUUGUCCUCACGCACAGUCAGCACCGUCUCCACAUCCGACAUAUCCAUCUCAGGGCUAUGUCCACCGCCCCCACUGUCUGUCGCCGACACACGCAUCAUCUUCCGCAACAUAUCCGAACUUGCUGUUCUAUCUGACAUGCUCGUCUCAAAGCUCGAGACAGUGAUCGAAGAAGGAGGCAAGGGUAUGGGUGAGGUUUUCCUAGAAAUGGUACCGCUCCUCGCGCCCCCAUACACGACCUACAUCACUGCACACCCUCGCGCGCUCGCACAUCUCGACGUCCUCAGCUCGCCGCCGCAGCUCACGCCCCAAUUCUCCCGAUGGCUUAAAGAAAGCAAAGACCUAGUCGAGGCGCAUACACAUGCGUGGGACCUGCCGAGUUUGCUCAUCAAGCCGGUUCAGAGAUUACUGAAGUACGGGUUGUUACUGGGCGCUGUGAUAAGUGCUACUCCAGAGCCUCUCGGAAAUGAAGGGCUGGAUAAACUGAGAGAGGCGAAGCAGAAAGUGGAAGAAGUAGCUCGCGCUGUGAACGAGGGGCGAAGGCGUGUUGAAGUUGUUAGAGAGGUCCUCGGCUCUGGACAUACGAAAGACGGCCCUGGAGCAGGCAGUGUAGGAUCCAUUGGCAUCCCUAAGGUGGGCAAAGGCUUUAUCCACGCUGGAGAAAUAGAGCCCGACCCUGAAAACGCCGAGGCAGCCCUCCUCGCAGCUCUCGAAAGCAGGCUCAAGUCGCAUAUCACUAUCCUCUCCCAUCUCGCUCGUGAUGCACUAGGCUAUGCCCGGACUCUGCAUACACUCUUCGGAGCGCUUGUCAAGUGGGGAUGGGCGUUUGCAGGCGUUAUUGGCGUCACCAGCGAAGCCUUCGACGCGUUUCUAUCGCUCUGUAGCGGUCUAGUCGAACUCACACAAGAACUCGAGCACGAAAUCCACGCACACAUCCUCCCCUCUCUCCAAUCCUUGAAAAACUCAUCGGUUGCCCCACUCAAGCUCCUCAGCGCGCUGCACACUCUGCAUCCACUACACACGCACCUUCUGCACCUCCCGAUCACACGCAAGCACCGCCCGCCAGAGGCGCUGCUACAGGCAAGCCAGAGUUAUGUUGCAUUGCGGGGGCAGCUUGCGCUGGAGCUACCUGUGUAUGUAAAGUUGUUGGAGCGUGGCAUUGAUGGGGUGAUGCUAGACUUAGCCAGAGGGAUGGAGGCAUUUUGGGCAGUUGUGAGAGAGCGGUGGGGAGAGUUAUGGGAUGCACUGCGAGUGGAGGGGGAGGGCCUUGGAAGGGAUGAUGGCGAGACAGUACGUGUUUGGCGCGAGCGUUGGGGUGAUGUGUUGGGCGUGCUUGGGACGUUGGCGGUUGUCAAUCCGCCUAGGAAGAUCGAGCGGUUGCGUCCUCAAGGUGCCAAAACCGCCAACCUUGCUAACGCGCUUAGCGCUCUCGAGCCGCAGGCAUCACCGACACUGUCACGCACGUCCCAUGCCCACUCCAACUCUUACGACAUUACUGGUCGACGGCGCAGUGGGAGCACAAAUAACAUCCCCACCGGUCCUAUUAUACGCAAACCCUCCGAUGAGUCACUGCGUUCUGGCAAAUCUGGGAAGUCAGGCAAGUCACUUAGGAAUAGUCCUGGAACUGGAACUGGGAGAGGGAUCGAGGAUGUACCACCUAUGCCUUCUGCUCUACAGCCGCCAUCACAGUCUCGCAGUAGCGUCUCUCCACCACGCCUCAAGCCCGCACGAAUGAAGAGUCUGCCUGGACCUAUACUCAACAACAUACCCUUUGGACUCGACCCCCCACCAAGCCCGUCAUCGUUCGCCACAUUCGACGAGGAGCAGGAAGACAACGACAGAGACCGGGGACGUGGCUCGCAGAGACGACCGAGCUUAAAGAGUAAGUUCACAGACACAUUCCGACCGUCACAGCACAGAAGGCGGUCGAGUUCUGUCAAGAGCCUCGGAGCUCCGAGCUCACUGGCACCAAGUUAUCAUACCGCAGAUAGCGUGCUGCCUGCAUACCAAAUGCCAACCACGCCUACCCGAACUAGCUCACCGCAUACCCCCACUCGACGCACCACCGACUUGCAAGGGCUGCGUGCGCUCUACCAGUGUGCUGCCAUACAUAUGUGUAUUCCACCUGCUGGAGUGUCGUAUCGUGGUCUACCGUUCUUCGAGUUGCGAUCUGGUGACACGUUUGAUGUGCUCAGGGAGUAUGGACAUCCAAGCACACAUCCGGAUUUACCGUUAUAUGUGGAUGAUGGGGAGGAUUGUUUGUUGUUGGUUCGGGAGCUUGCUGAUGCCGAGGGUGGCAGGGACGCGAAAUUUAGGGGAGAGGUGGGCUGGGCGUUGGCGAGUUUUUUGGUGCCCUUGGAUUAA